CCACACCUCUCUCCCUCUCUGUCCCUUUCUGGCUCCGUGAAUUGGACAAGUUUGUCCAUUUCAUGUCAGUUCCAUGGGGCCAGUGUAUCCCAAGGGGAAACUUCCCUUCCAGCGCCCUCCUUGAACUGUGGCGUCGGAGACGAGAUAUGUCCUCUGGUUCCUGGGAUCUUCACCUUGAGGAUAUGGAGAUGGAAGCGUUGAGAUUUUAUCCUGACAACAGCAGCGACAGCGGAGAGCGCGACCAAGAUGGGUUGAAGAACCAUAACUUCAGCGGCUCGGAGAAAGUGCUCAUUGGGAUAGUCCUGAGCCUCAUCGUGGCUGGCACGGUGAUGGGCAACACUCUGCUGGUGAUUUCCGUGUGCGUGGUCAAGAAACUCAGACAGCCCUCCAACUACCUGCUGGUGUCGUUGGCCGUGGCUGAUCUGUCGGUGGCCACUGCUGUCAUGCCUUUCGUUAUCGUGACCGACCUGACCGGGGGCCGGUGGCUGUUUGGGAGGAUUUUCUGUAACAUAUUCAUCUCCAUGGAUGUCACCUGUUGUACGGCCUCCAUCAUGACCCUGUGUGUGAUCAGCGUGGACAGAUACCUGGGUAUAACCAAUCCGCUCACCUACCCGGCCCGGCAGAACGGGAAGCUGAUGGCGAAGAUGAUCGGGGGUGUGUGGCUGUCCUCAGCCUCCAUCACUCUGCCUCCCCUCUUCGGCUUGGCCAAGAACGUUAACGAGAACCUGGUCUGUCUCAUCAGCCAGGACUUCGGCUACACCGUCUAUUCCACGGCAGUGGCCUUCUACAUCCCCAUGGCGGUCAUGUUGAUCAUGUACUACAAAAUCUUCCGGGCGGCUAAAAGGAGUUUGGCCAGGCACCGCUUUGCCUGCUUGCCCAAACGGAAGGAUCUGGGCAUAAGCCAAGACUUGAGGAUGCAGGGGUUGAAGAGACCCGAGGCUGUCUCGCAGCUCGCUGGUGGCAACAAGAGGAACGUGUCCAUCUUCAAGCGGGAGGAGAAAGCUGCCAUCACGUUGGGAAUCAUGGUGGGCGUCUUCUCUGUCUGCUGGCUGCCCUUCUUCAUCCUUUCCACCGCCAGGCCGUUCGUGUGUGGGGUCGAGAGGAGCUGUGUCCCCGUGUGGCUCGAGAGAACUCUGCUGUGGCUCGGCUACGCCAACUCCCUGAUGAACCCCUUCAUUUACGCCUUCUUCAACCGGGGACUCAGGUCAACGUACAAGGACUUGCUCAGGUGCAGGUACAGAAACAUCAACCGCAGACUCUCUGCAUUUGGGGUGCAAGAAGCCCUGAAGACUUGAUCGCUGUGUUCGGCCACCAAAC